GGGAUAGACAGAGGGAGGGAGAGAGAAGGAGGAGAGAUAUGAAGGUUGAGGAGAGCAAGUGGACCCAGUCCUGUCAUUCACAUUACUGCAGGAGGACCAGCUAAAGGAUGUCUAAGACCCCGUCCACCACGUCUGCAGCCUCUGUAACGUCUGCAGCCUCUGUAACCUCUACAGACAGCAGAGGUGGCAAAUCCCGGAAGACUUCGUCCUCGAGUUCGGAGUCGGCUCCCAAGAAGGUGUCUAAGAAAGAGCAGAAGAGGAAAGACAUGGAGAAGAUACACACCACCCUGCUCAGCAGCGUGUUUGGAGCGGAGAGGGAGUUGGCCCAAGCAGAGUUGGAUGAGCUGGACUUUGCCUUCAAGGAGUUUGACUACGACUGUGACGGCUACCUGAACUACAAGGACGUAGCUGAGUGCAUGAGGACCAUGGGCUACAUGCCCACUGAGAUGGAGCUGCUGGAGAUAGUGCAACAGAUCAAAAUGAGGAUGGGCGGUCUGAUGGACUUUGACGAUUUCUGUGAGCUGAUGGGUCCCAGGAUAAUGGGAGAGACAGCAGACAUGCUGGGGCUGAAAGAGCUCAGGUCCGCCUUCUCACAGUUUGACCAGGACUCUGAUGGGAAGAUCAGCCAGGAUGAGAUGAAGGAGGCGGUGAAGAGUCUACUGGGGGAGAAACUGAAGAAAGGAGAGCUGGAAGAGAUACUCAAAGAGAUAGACAUCAACGGAGACGGAAGCAUCGACUUUGAUGAGUUCGUCAUGAUUUUGUCCAUUCGGUAAGUGCUGGAAGACCUGAGAAGAUGCUAUCAUUUGUGUGUAUGAUCAGCUUUACGGAUGAGAUGUACUCCUCCAUUUCCUCACUGCUCCUUUUCUCCCCUCUCCGGUUCUCUCCUCUAUACUCUGUCACUGAGAAAAUAAAUAUGGUGUACAAUGGGCAAGAUUAUAUUCGAAAAUGUAUUUUUGAUGAAUCCGUUUGUAGACACUGAUUGGCUGUAUGACAUCUAAAUAAGAUACCAUUUUGAUAUUUUAAUAAAGAAUUAGAAUUUCAGAAUUACAACCUAGGACUUUUGAAAAACAUUUUUUUUUGUAGAAUUUUUUUACAGUCUGCGUUUUCUAAGUACAAAAUAAAGACAUGGGACAGAAGAAAUAUCUACACAUGUACAGUCGAAGUCGGACGUUUACAUACACCUUAGCCAAAACACAUUUAAACUCAGUUUUCACAAUUCCUGACAUUUAAUCCAAGUAAAAAUGUCCUGU